AUGCCUCUUCUUCGACUUUUCCUUCUCAACAAUCCUUUCAAAGAAAGUCGUCGAAUUGAUUUAGAUAUUGUCACGGCAUCGGCCCCUGAAAAAACAUUGAAACUUGACAGCUUUAAGCCUAAAUGCGUCGGUACUGAGGAGUACGCUCUCUAUGGAUCCACAUUGCACAAUCUUCACAAAUACAAGCCUGAAUUCCACCAUCAGGUCGAUAUCGACAAUUUUGAUAACUUGAUGGACCUCGUAGUCAAAGAUUAUAUUGACGGGUUACCUCCUCACAUAUCGCGACCAGAAGCUGCAAGCUUUAUCACAAUGACCGAGGCAGAAUUCGAGAAUUUAGACGAUGCUACGGCCCUUAAAAUCUUUGCGACUCAAAAUAUCGUUACAACCGGACGUUCGGUUGGAAAGGCAGCUUGGAACGAAGAUACUUUGAGUAGACUCGCACAUUUGGAUGCUGUCAUUGAUAUGCAAGAUCAAAGUAUUUUGGUGAAGGACGGAGACUACAGUAAACGUCUCGUUCAGGGAACGUUGAAUCAGAUGAUACUCAAGGGCUCUUCGGGACCGAAUGACGAUGGUCACAUUUUGAAUGCAUUAGACUUUCCGUUGCCCGCAAGCGAUAUUUCACCAGAUGCCCUAUCAACGGAUCUCCAUGCUUGGAUUGCCACCGAACGACUUCCUUUCUGCAAUGAGGAGACUGCGUCUUUGCCAUCGCGACAUCUCCGUUGGGGACUGGUUGCUACUUAUGGCACUUUGCACUAUGGUCACAUCGACUCGGAUGGGUUCUGCACCACCGUAGACGUACUGGUCGGUGGUAAAUACUGGAUCGUCGCUCGUCCUCGAAACCGUGAAGACAACGGAAAAAUUGAUUUAUACUGUGAUGAGAAAUGGUGCAUGGAAAGACCUGACCCAAAUAUAUGGUGCUUCGAAGGCAUAUUAUUGGAACCAGGGAUGCGAUUACGUAUGCGUCCCCAAACGCCGCAUUGGGUUGUAACUGUCAAGCCGUCGAUAUGCAAGGGAGGACAUUUCUAUUGUCUCUCUACCCUAGGGGAGACCGUUAUUGGUUUAUACCGCACUUGGGCUUUAGGGGGCGUAAUAACUAACACAAACCAUGAUCCCUCCCGGUUACUGUUAAUCCGUAUAAUGUACCUCUGGCACCGACAUUUUGUUCUUGAAGAAAAGGUCACGGGCUAUCUAUCCAAUCAUAUACCAAACCUCGAAUGCUUUGACGACAUUUUGGUGGUUUUCACCUUAGCCAUCGCAGUGGAGUUGCUCAAUGUCGUUGAUUAUCAGACAUACCGUGUCGAAACAAACCUCAGCGAUCACGAUUCUGAUUUGCGGGCUGAUCCCGGGCUUCCGUCUCUUCUACUCUUGCAAUAUGUCGAUGCACGCGCAAAAAGCCGUCAAUUGCUCCACUUCUUCUUCUCUAACUUCGAAUUGGUUGAUGACUCUGACGUUGCUAUCGAUGGACCCAAGGAAUUUUAUUAUCCAUUUUUCGUGCAACACGCAGCCGCUUUGUUCAGUAUGAAAAAAAAAGGAUAUAACCAAGGGAUCCGAGGAGCUAGGGACUGUACUAUGCUCAAAUUCGACCACGAACUACAAUUAGCUAUCGCUGGAUCAAUCCACUUCAAAGAAGCUAUGGUUCAAUUGAAGCGGGAACCUGAUACCUUCGAGUGGAGUGGUGGGAAAUACUCAAUUCGUCGUCUUUCGACACCAAUUCCGUGCUCCGCCUUUGAUUUAACCGGUGAAAAUCCAGGCGAUCAAUAUCACUUGGUCGGGACGAAUAAGACUGUUGACAGAGUUCGUUUCCCCGGAGAAUACAUUGCAGACCUCAAAGGACUGUAUCGUCUGCAGUUCAAUCAACCUACAGGAGGACUAAAAUUCGCCUCUCUCGCCCCAGUCAUAAUCGUCAGUUUCUGCGCGUUUCAAUUCAAGCACGGCAUUGCCAACUAUGUCGCGAGGACAAUCAGUCCCACGACCGCAAACCACCUGGAAGAAAAUACAUUUACGGCCGUCAACCUUCCUCUCGAGUGCGACUCUUUCACCGUGGAGCCUAAGGAGCAGCUGACGGGUCUACACCUUCAAUCCUCUCGAAUAUCGUCGAACCUAGGACGCUAUUCGAACGUAGGCCGGGGCUGA